ACGCCCCGUCUGUGCGAGUCACAAAGGCGCCCGUUCCGGGGUUCCGAGAACGCCCGGACGUGAGAAUGGGGGUUGGCUCAGCGCAGCCGCACAGCAAUCAGUCCUCCCGGCGCCGUCGGACACGCAGCUCCAGUGGCCGUUGGACACGCGGUGGGAGCUGUCCUGCAGGGCGUCCCUGGUAUCGCAGAGAGAGAAAGGAGCACUUGCUAGCUUUGACCUCCCUGGAUACAAUGUCUGAGGAGAGCGAAAGCACAAUUCCUUCAAGAUGCGGACGAAGCACAGAAGAAAAGACCCUGAAAAUUCCCAGGAACCUUCGGAGAAGACCAAAGAGCAGCUGGCUGAGGCAGAGCUUCGGAAGCUGAGGCAGCAGUUCCGGAAGAUGGUGGACAGUCGGAAGUCCUUUAACUUCUGCUCCCAGCAGAAGAUCACAAACCAGCACAAGGAAAUCAAGACCCUGCAGGAGGAGCAGGAUGAGAUCACCCUGCUUUUGAAUCUCAUCAAGUCCUCCAGGAACUUGGAUCUGAAUGAGAAAAACUACAUGGAGCUGUGUUUCCUGCUGCAAACCAAGGAGGACUACGAGGCCCUGAUUAAAUCGAUGAAAGUGCUGUUGGCUGAACUGGAUGAGAAGAUCAUUCAGAUGGAAAAAUAUAUAAUAAACCAAAGACAGAUCUUCUCAAAAAUACAGGAGGCCAAUAACCCCCAGAAACUGCAAAAACGGAUCCACGUUUUGGAAACCCGUUUGCAUCUCGUCACUGUACACUUUGACAAGAUGCUGACCACCAAUGCAAAGCUCCGGAAGGAGACUGAGGACCUACGGUAUGAGAAGGCUGCUUAUGACAACAUCUAUGAGCAGAUUCAUCGGCCCUUGUCGAUGCAGAAGAAAACAAUGAAUAUGGCCAUCGAGCAGUCUGCGCAGGCCUAUGAGCAGAGGCUGGAAGCCAUGGCUCGAAUGGCUGCCAUGAAGGACCGCCAGCAGAAGGACAUCUCUCAGUACAACCUGGAGAUCCGAGAGUUGGAGCGUCUCUAUGAUCAUGAAACCAAGCUCACAUCCUUCCUACUCAUCAAGCUGAAUGACGAGUUUGAGGAGCAGUCCAAAAAGGAAGAAGCUCUCAAGGCAAAGAAGCAUGGGAAGAAGAACAAGGGUGAGAGUUUUGAGAGCUAUGAGGUGGCUCACCUCCUGCUGCUGAAGCUGACAAAGAAUGGCAACCUGAAUCAGCUCAUCGAGGAGUUUCUGGCCAAGGAGGAGAAGAAUUUUGCUCAGUUCAUGUAUGUCACAGAGCUCAACAAUGACAUCAAGAUGAUGCACAAGAAGACUGAGAGAAUCCAGAAUGAGGUUAUCCGCUCGCAAUCCCAGCAGAAAUCAUCACAUGAGGACAGCUGCUCCAUCCUGAGACAGCUGGAGGAGAAACUAAAGAAGACCAUGGAGCAGGCAGAUAUGUAUGAGAACAACUACAAGGAGAUCAACAAGACCUUGGAGUAUCUCAAGAACUCGGUUGAGAAUCUGUUUAAGAAGGUAAAUUGUGAUGCCACCAAGAUCCUGGUGCAGUUAGGGGAGACAGGGAAAAUCACUGAUACCAACCUCCCACAGUACUUUGCCAUCAUUGAAAAGAAGACCAACGACCUGCUGCUGUUAGAAUCCUACAAGCGGAUCAUGGAAAUGGAAGUGGCGGAGAUGGACGUCCCACCACCCUUCAUCAACCCCUUCUGGGGUGGCUCUGCCCUCCUCAAGCCUGCAGAACCCAUCAAGGUCAUCCCCCCCGUGCUCGGGGCUGAUCCCUUUAGUGACAGGUUGGAUGGAGUGGACCAACCCCUGGACCACAGCAGCCUUCGGCAAAUGGUGCUCAGCCACUACACUGCAAGAGAGUCUAGAAACAGGGAUUUACACAUGGACAGCGUGCCUGAAAAGGGGGACGAUCUGAGGCCCAAGAAGAAGUUAACAGUCUGA